AUGCCAGUGUCAUUGAACAUUGAUGCCAAUAAUAUGUACCUGAUACCUGCCAAAGAGACAAUAUGUAUCAAAGAUCAAGAAAGUGACUUUGCUUUGGUGAUAUAUCUUUUUAGAGUAAGCUCUGACAACAACGCUACUAUCUUCCAAAGAGUAAUGGCCCAAGUGUUACACCAACAUGGAGGAGACGAAAGGUGUCCAUAGACAAGGGCCGUGAUGGAAGGUACACUGUCAUUCACAUAAGGCAAUUCACGGUCCAACCUUUAUAAUUGCUGUGGUCACCCUUUGGGAAGGGGGAAAAUGACGGGUUAGUUUGACCCAUUUAAUACAGGUUCAAAACGCUUUAAGGGACGUUAACAAAAACACUACAAAGAUACAGUAGUGAGUGAGAGUAGCGAGGGAUUAAUCCUUAACUACCUCAAGGAGUUUUCCAUUCCUCCAGAUGAAGAGAGAAAAAAAGUCAACAAUAAAACAGUUCAUUACAAGGAAUGCACAAUUUCAUUUAGUGCAGCGGUAUGCUAAUUGUUUUAAGAAGUGACCAUUUAAACAGCCUGAAAGUGGGACUGCUUAAUGUAAAUUUACCUGUAUUCAUAUGUAUAAUAGUCACACAUCAUUAAAGUCGGACAAAUUUAGGCCAUCUCCUGUUUAUUUUAAUUUUGGAACAGAUCACGUGAUAUAAUAUAAAUAUAACAUCAAUUAAGAUUUUAACCAUCCAGUGGUAGCUUCAUAUCAUUUGUAAAACAUUGACAGGUUGGCCGCAGUGUUUAUAAGUGAUGAAUUACCUUUGUCCUUAAGCAAAGAAGAAAAUCUUAAUUGUUUUAUUUGCUGGGCACCCUGAAUUUUAUAAGUUAGAGUAAUUGGUUCCCCUACAAUACAUCAUUUCCUAGAAUACAGUCCCCUGUACUGAUGUAAGCCUGUGCUAAUGCUAGACACCUUACUUUAGCAUUACAACAGCUGCUCUACAAAGAUAUUUUCAGUCAUUAAAUGAGACUAGAAGACUGAAAAAUUCUGAAAAAUAUGAAGAUCAUAAAAGGAGGACACGCAUGUUGCAUGAUUUCUUAGAGUAACCUGAUGUAAACCUUGGAUGCUUAGUUGGUUUAAGUGGCUUGUUAUCUCUGAAAAGGCAGUAAAUAACAUAUCUACUGACCAUAUCUUUUCAUUCAAAAAACAACAAUUUAUUAUAAGAUUUAAUUUUUGUGAUGUACAGAAUAAUAAGAGAGAUUAGUCUGGAUAUUGUUUAAGUCUCAUUUAAUUAUACUCUUUUGUUACAUAUCCAAUGGUGGAAUCAGUUGGAUUGGACAUGUAUUGUAAUGAGUUCUGGCCCACCACCUACUCUUACUCUGUUUCUUUCUUUUAGAAGUUAACAAGGAGGACAGCUACCCUAGCAAUGGUGAAAUGGGGCGACAACCAUGAGAAUGGAAGAAAAGGUCCUCCUGAUGGAGACAAUGAGCAGCGAGGAUAG